AUGGGUGCAUGGAAAAUGACUUACUAUGGCUUAUUCAAAUUCAAAUUGUUUACUGCUUGUUUGAAUCAAUCAUAUGCUAAGAUUCCGAUCAACGGCGACAACAGUGGUGCUGCUUUUGUUGAGACAGCAUACAUAGCUGUUCUUCCUGAUGCUAUGUAUGGAUCACUUUUGACAGUCAAGAAUUUGACCUGUGGUACUUCAUUUCGUGCUACAAGAAAGUUGUUACGCCAGGUCAACAUUUCCAAGCAUGGGUGCAGGGGAAUGUCAUCCUCAGUACCUGUCUUCCGGAUCUUAUCUUUGACUUUGAUAUCUAAUGCCUUAAUCAGAUCUGAGAUUUCUCAGUAA